GUCUUCUUGACGCUUCAGAAAAAGCAGCAGAAGAAUAAAACAACUUUCUUCUUCUUCAUUAUUUUGGAGGGAAAAAUUUCAGAUACUUUACUCCCAGUUUAAGCUCCAAAUCUCCUCUAACCCUAACUUUCACCAAACAGGUUCUGUUUCAAUCCUCAUAUCAAGAAUGAACCAAUCAGCUGUCACAACUCCAUCAAAAGGUUCUCUCACGCCAUCAAAAAGAAACUGCAACGCGAUUUCCAGUAAUCCUCCUGCUAAAUCGAUCAAAAUCAGUACUCCUCAUUCUCAAGGGAAGUUAAUGGAAAAGAAUCUGGGUGUGGAGGAAGAAGAGUGGGUGACUGUUUAUGGAUUUAGACAAAGAGAUAUCAAAUUGGUGUUGUCUGAGUUUGAAAAGUGUGGUUGGAUAUUGGAACAUGUCGCAGGUUCAGAUGCUGCUAACUGGGUUCACAUUCUUUAUCAGAACCGAAGUGAUGCUCAAAUCGCCCUUAGCAAGAGCGGCAUGCAAAUGAACAAAAAUGUUAUUUUGGGUGUGAAGUCUGUGGAUCCUAUGAAGAGACAGGAACUAGAUGCAGAACGGAUAAAAAAAAGAAGCCUCUGGCAUCUAGGAAAAUUGCAAAAGUUCAAACGAGGAAGGGAAAAUUGCAAAAGUUGUUGGGCUGAGUGGUCAGCAGUAUCUGAUGCAUCUAGGUACCUAAACCUUGCAGCCUAUGCCACUGAAAGCGAGGAUGACCAAGACAGUGAGGAUGCUUCUUCUGGAGAAGAUGAGGAUGAAGGCGAGUCCGACGAAGACGAAGAAGAUCAAAGUGAUUCUUGAUUAGGAUGUAAGAUGGAGAGAGCUGCAAUGUUAUGGUUUCCUGUUUAAAUGUAAGCGUAUUCUAAUUUUUAAGUCUUAUUGGGAACCUCAGUCUGGGGAUAUCGGUAUUUUGAACUCUUUGUUUGUUCUGUGUAGCAUUUGGCAACUUUUUGUGAUAAUCAUUGA